AACUUUCGAAACGCGACUUUCUUGGAGUUUGUGAUCUUGAAGGACCAAUGCUAAGAAUGGGACAAAAAAGAAACAGGCGAGGGAUAGACGGGCGAAGUGGACGAACGGGAUGAACAAUUCGUGAGAAUGCAUGGGAGAAAAAAAGGGAUCUCAAUGGGUGAAACGAUGUCGUGAAAGAUCAUUGUUACGAAUAUAUACAAAUCUUUUGUCUCUUAUUUAAUAUAGUUUCAAGGAUUUUAGUAUAACUGACAAAAGCACGGAAUACUUUAUGUUCUUUUCACAUUUACGUAGCACGUGGGGUUUUGUUGUAGGUGAAUAUAUCGUAUCUAACGCGUUUCUAACCCGUCAAUGUUUUAAUCUUAUUAGAAUGAUUGAUACUUAUACGUGGCAGCAGGUGUCACACAUGAAAAUAACUCUGUUCGAUAGAGGCGAGUAAUACAAACGAUUAUCGCGUCUCGCGCGUACGAUAGGAAGAAACAACACGAGCAAUACCGCUGCACUCUGAGGUACUUUCACCGUGAGUCAAGUUGACUCAUUCAUUGCCAUUCGCCGCGUGAUUAACUCGGAAAUCAUUUAGUGACGUCAGAUUGUGAAUUCCAUGGAACGCAAACGUGACGUCCAUCCUAUUUCCUUGUGGUCUGUCACGGGCCCUCAUGGAUUCUCGGUGGAUUUGUGAUUUCGUCACAUGCGAUUGCGAAACGUGGCCAAUCAAAGAACCCUUUGGUUCCGAUAGAAUAAAGAUGGAAUCAUUAAAUCAAAAUUUUCGUGGCUUUGACACGAAUUCGAUGGCCACGUGGCCGUCACACAUGACGGACAAUACUACUCAUGGUAAUAUCAUUGACGGUGAGCUUUCAAGAUUUCCGAGGCCAUUAAGGACAUUUGCCGCGAUCGUGGCCAUACUAAUUAUGAUAACAGGCCUAGCCGGUAAUCUUCUUACCAUCGUUGCCCUUUGCAAAUAUCCAAAAGUUCGUAACGUUGCAGCAGCGUUCAUAAUAAGCCUUUGCGUGGCAGAUUUCGUGUUUUGUUCGUUAGUGUUACCCUUCGACUCUAUCAGAUUCGUCGAUGCAAGUUGGGCGGACAUUAGAUCCUUGUGCGUCCUCGUACCGUUCUUGAGGUACGGAAACGUUGGAGUCAGUCUUUUGUCCGUAGCAGCUAUCACCAUUAACAGAUACAUCAUGAUAGCCCAUCACGGAAUAUAUAGUAAGAUUUAUAAAAAGCACUGGAUCGCUGCGAUGAUUAUUUUCUGCUGGCUGUUCGCCUACGCGAUGCAGGUACCAACGUUGUUAGGCGUUUGGGGAAAAUUUGAUUACGAUAUGUAUCUAGAAACAUGCUCGAUAGUCAAAGACGAUCAUGGUCAUACUUCUAAGAGAUUUUUGUUCGCUACGGGUUUCGUGAUACCCUGCGUAGUUAUCGUCGGGUGUUAUGCAAAAAUAUUCUGGGUCGUUCACAGCUCCGAGUCGAGGAUGCGAAAACACGCAACACCAACGAUAAAGUCACCGCACACACCUGGUAGAGAUACCAGAGAGAUCAAACAAAGACGUAGCGAAUGGAGAAUUACGAAGAUGGUACUCGCUAUCUUCCUUAGCUUUCUAGUCUGUUAUCUACCAAUCACUAUAGUAAAGAUGGUCGACGUUAAUGUAAAAUAUCCAGGCUUCCACGUUCUUGGGUAUCUUCUUCUAUACUUCGCUUCCUGCGUGAACCCGAUAAUCUACGUUAUCAUGAAUAAGCAAUACAGACAAGCAUACGCUGGCGUGAUUGGCUGUUCGCGGAUAAGGGCGAGUCUCACACCUUUCGGGAGCAGUGCGCCUGGUCAGCACCACCAAGACUUCGGCCAAGGUAACUUCGAGCACCGUCGCGUGGUAACGCUCUCCAAGCUCUGACCGAACACGAGCUAAGCGACCACUCGCUCACUUCAUUACUCGAAGACUAUGGUAUCGACCGUCUCCAUUGCUAUGAAUCCCGUCAAAAAUAAUCAGUUGGAAGAGACACUAUAGGAGAUCGAUUUGAAGGAACCAAAAGGAUUUCUGAAGGAGUUAAAGAUCGAAGUCAAAAAACGAAGGAAAAAGGAAAAUGUUUGAGAAAAUGAAACGAAGCAAAGUUUUGAACAAGUCGAACCGUGGGUCGAACGUAAUCGUAAACAAUAGAAACUAAAUGUAAAUUAUUUGCCGACUGAAAAGGACGACGCGUCUCGUAGGAUUACAAAAUCGAGACCAAUAACGCGUAUUUAUAAUGUUAGUUCGAAAGCGAGCUUCGCGAUUCGCAAUACCAGUGAAUUGAACCAAAGUAAAACCACGUAAAGAUUAAGAAAUAAGUAAUACGCAUUUAUGUUUAUUCGCAUCGAUAGAUUGCGGGAGAGGGGGGAGGGGGCAAUAAUAAUUUAAUAAUAAUAAAAGGGCUAGUCGAAAAUCGUUUAGGAAUAAAAUCCAAUUUGUAAAUAUA